AUGAAAAACCUCAAUUUACAGUCAGCGGGUCUGAAGUACGGGAGGCCUCGCCUGCCCACUGCCAUCGGAGGCCCCCUUCGCAAGCCCAGGUCCCACCUGCGUGCACAGCAGGAGGACCUGUGGAAAGGGCCGUCCCUGUGGGAAAUCACCCAGACCCCAACGGAGCCCCAGGCUGCUGGGCAGCUGGGCCCACCGUCCUCACCCGUCAACAGGCCAGGGCCACAGGGCACAAGGCAGCCUGGGACGCCCGAAGGGCCCGUGGAGCAGCCUGGGUGUCUCAGGAGGUGCCCACGCAGCUGUCCCCCACAAGGGGACGAGAGAGCACAGAGGCUCCACUCACAGCGCCGGCUUUUGGGGGCUGCAGCCCCGGGGGGGCUGGGCUUCAGCCCCGAGUCUCUGGAUCGGCCGAGCGGUGGCCGUCACGGGCGCAGCUGUCCCCGGCUCUCUCUGUCACCACCGCCGGGUCCACCGGGAGCCCGCUCGGCGUCCACUGAGCCUGUGGCCCCGCACACACGGCAGAGCCGGGUCCCCGGGCUCCGCCCGCCCCGGCAGCUGCCUCCGCUCUGGACCCCCGUACCCGCCCCCGGGCCCGGGGUCACCGUCGGGCAAGGGCAAAGCGCAGCGGGGCCGGGGCAGGCGGAGGGGCCCGCGGCGCCCCCCGAGGUCGGGGAGCCCGUCCGCACCCCAAGAGGGGCAGGAAAGGGUGGGGGCAGCGGCCGAAACUCGCGGGCGGCUCGAGGCGCGGCGACCCCGCCGGCCCCAAGCCCGCCCCAGCGGACGCCCCGCCGUUCGCGAACCUUCCUGCGUGGGGCCCGCUCCGACUUUCAGUUUCCGGCCCCGAGAAAUCCCCUUAGGCGCGCGCGCCGCGGGGUCCGCGCCUCCCGCCGGGCCUCCCGGGUCCGCGCGCCACGCCAUCCCGCGUCCCCGCCCCUAGACCUCGACCCCCGACCCCACCGCGACCCCGACCCCGACGUCAGGACUCACCAACGGUCGCCUCGCGCCCGGAACUGCCUGCCAGCCAGCCGCCGCGGCUGCCGCCGACCCGCCCCCGAACCCGCCUGA